GUGUUCAGUUAGAAAUUUCAUAUCACUUGUCUAUGUUUAAUAACAUUGUGUGUGUGUGUGUAUUGUAAACAUAUGCUUGGACAUAACUAUUUCAAGUUAUUUCAGAUUGUAAAAUCUUGUUUGUUGAAAGUGAUUUAUCAAAAUGGCGACAUCUAGAAUUUCUAAAAAUUCUGAUGUGGUUAAAUAUUAUUAUUGUACAAUCUGCAAAAAAGAGCAGUCUGUAGAAAUAGAUGCAGAUUUUUACUGUAAAAAAUGUCUUAAAUACUUCUGCAGAACAUGUAUUCACUCUCAUAAACAGCAUGGUUUGGGGUUUUAUAAAAAAUCUCCUUAUGGAAAGGAUAAAAUAAGGAAGUGGCCACUUUCUAAGAAGAUGGAGACUUCUCUUUUAAUGUGCAUCAUACACAAGGGAGAAAAAUUAACAAUGUACUGCGCGGACCACAACCAUCUGUGCUGCUCUAAAUGUGUUGAGCUUAAUCACAGACAAUGCUUACAAGUGACUCCAUUACCUCAGGCUGCCACAGGGAGGCCAACAGAAUUCAAGAACCUGUCUGUCAGAACGGAAAAUACCCUUGCCCAAAUGAAAGAGUUUCAGACAUAUCAGGAGGACAGAGUGAAGUCUUUAAAGAUUGCAUACAAUGAACAUGAGAGGCAUAUUGUGGAUGGUAUGCGUCUGAAUAUAUAUCCUUUUUACUCCAAUGUGAAACCAGCGUUGUGAAUAAAACACAUGAACAUUUGCAAUACACAGUCAGUGAAAUGCGUGAGAAAAUCAAAUAUUGUUUAGCAGAUUUUGAGAAAAGCACUGUUAAGGAAAACAAAGAAGAGCUGACCCUGAAGAAAGCUCCUCUCAUGAGUGUGAGAUACAGAUGCAUCUGGCUUCACAAUGAAUUGUUCCAUCUCCAUAUAGCCAUACAGAAAGUACAGUAUAGACCUGAACUCUCUUUUAUUGCAAUUAAAAAAUGUCUGGAAAAAAUGCAACAGUCGGAUACAUUUUUAGAAGAGAACUCUCCAAACCAUGUGUUCACUGUGAAUGGGAAGUCUGUGCACAAUGUGAAAAUGCCAAGUGAUUCACACACAUGCUGGAUUGCAGCGAUAUGUGCUCUCAAAGAUGGGCAGGUACUGGUUGCAGACCAGCAAAAUUAUAAAGUCAAGCUGCUGAACAGGCAGUACCAGGUGGUGAGUCACUGGGAUGUGGUUGCAAGGCCACGGGACAUGUGUCUCAUCACACCCAGUGAGGUUGCAGUGGCUGUGGAUGAUAGAGUUAACACACAUGAGGUCCAGUUUAUCACAGUCAACCAGAGUCAGCUUACUCCAGGGAGGAAGUUUCAGUUACAACAUUGCUGUUAUGUAAUUGCCCACCUUAUGGGUGACCUGUUCAUCACCUCUGGUACUGCACUGUUCAAGUACUCACCCAGUGGCAAACAGGUCUGCAGACUCUAUGAGACCAUAGACGAUGCAGUAUCCAGGUGUGCUGUGAGUCCCACAGGAGACAAGCUGUACAUCGCUAACUACUCCCAGCACAAGCUCCUCACCCUGGCCAUGGAUGGAACACUCCUGACUACAUUGACAGACCCAAAACUAGAAGGCCCACUGGGUCUACAUGUGACCCCUGCAGGCCAGGUGCUGGUCUGUGGAUACCUGUCCUCCACUAUACUACAGGUGGACUGGGAGGGAAAGAGUAAGCUGGCUACGCUGGCUACUCAGGAGGAUGGAGUGAGGUACCCAAGGUCAGUCUGCUACAGCAGCACAACAUCCUCCAUCAUUGUAGGACAGGAUGACAGCAACAACAUCCUGGUGUUCAGAGUGGAAUAGUGUGUACAUUUGCUGCUGAGUUAGGACAUCGAUGCUGAGGAUGUGGUGGACAAGAAUGACCUGAAGACUCAGAAACUACUGCUCAGCAAAGAAUACAACUGUCUGGUGAAAGGCUCGACCGUAUCAAAGUCCAGUGAUGUCGGGGUACGCGGCCGUUCCAUGUCUGGGGAUUGCAUUUAAGCCGACACUAACAAGGGAGAGAAGUGAAGAUCUGCACCUGCAAAGAGCACCAGCCUUGAUAUAGAGUUGGUACGGCAACGACAGAAGUCGGGCCCGCUGGAGCCCCAUUCCAGCACGACCCCUCCCCUGACCCCUAGCUCCUCCCAUUUUACCUCCAGCAUCAAAGAGUCAGCAUUGUUAAACAAUUCCAUCCCAUUGCAAUUUCUGAGCACAUAGAGUGUUUGCACAUUUUCUCAACAACCGCAAUGUCCGUGUUGAGUCCGCACUUGAGCCCUGAUUGGUUUGAUAGACUCAAGUGCCGGAGGUGGUAGAAGUGUUACAGACAUAAGAAGUUAUUGCAGCAGUUAUGGUAACACUAACAGUCAGCUCUCGCUGUUGGACAUUACAAUACAAUGAAUAUUACGAAAAAUACAAAGCUGGAUAACUCAUUCCAUUCUUUUUGGGACAAACAGAACUGCAGCAAGGAACAUGAGACGAUCACGGAAUGUUUGAAGAGUUUAAUUCCGAAGCGUAAGCUUUCCACAGGGGAUACUCCUGGAUGGUCUUAACUUAAGGGACAGUCCAGGUUUGUCCUCUCAGGUGUCCAAACUGUCCAAAGAGAAUGCAUUUAUUUUUGACCAGUUGCUAACAAAGAAAGGCAGUACCGACUUCGUUGUGAACAGUCAAGCAUGGUACAUCCCUGCGGAAUGCCUCAGGUGGGAAUUCCAUCUGCAACAAGGUGCUAAAGGUGAACCCAUCAGGGUGUGUUACUAACCACUUCAAGACCAAACAGCCUCACAUUGAUUCGACGAUAAAGAAGGCGUUGAAAAAUGACAGCAGUUUUGAUGUGUCAUCCAGUUCGCUCUUCGACUCUCAACCCAACAUUAGUAAGAACGCAAACUCGGCAUUUAGCGUUAUCAGCGAGGCUCGAAGGUCAUCUCUGCUUCUUGAGCUUCAGAUAAAAUUAUAAGCCAACCAGACGAACAUCGUUGAAUCAUUUGGCACAUAUACUAAAACUCGCUCAAGAAAUUCAGCACGUCACUUAUGAACAUCUUCUCGCAAGGCGGCUACAUCAACACUUCCAACAGUUGAGCCUUGGACCCCAUGCAGUCACACAUCUGUACACAGCGAACAACAACAGGCUCUCUGGUCAUCUGGGCACCUACAGGACCCCAUGCAGUCACACAUCUGUACACAGCGGACAACAACAGGCUCUCUGGUCAGCUGGGCCCCUACAGGACCCCAUGCAGUCACACAUCUGUACACAGCGGAACAAGAACAGGCUCUCUGGUCAGCUGGGCCCCUACAGGACCCCAUGCAGUCACACAUCUGUACACAGCGGACAACAACAGGCUCUCUGGUCAGCUGGGCCUGGACGCCUGGGGACAAAUCCUUGGUAUAGGCGGUGAGCUCUUGGGCCAGGAAUUUGGGUCAAAGCUGAACGAGUCCUACCCCAAGGGUACAUCCAGUCUAACCAUGGGGCUCCAAACUUCCCUUCUCAGGGGCAGAUAUAACCUCAUCUACAAGGGUCCUUAUCAUCACAAGUUUGGACUAGCAAAUGAUGUUCCCCAACUGCAACACAGCCACUGCAUCUCAACAGUCCAGAGUAUGGCUACAGCUCCGAAGUACGUGCAAUCUUUACAAUAUCAAGGCCAUUUUCGAAACUUCAAGUCUUCUACCAAAGUUUUAAGUUGAACUCAGAAGCUGUAGUUGAAGUGUGAAAGAGAGGAAGAGUUGACAUGAAAUUGCUGCUUCAGCCUUCAUUCGAACAUCAGCAGCAGCAGCAACAACAACACUUAAAAUUCAGCAAUCAACAGUUCAAUUGACGAAGGCUUUCACAUGAAAACAUGUCAAUUACCAACGCAUAUGUCCCUGAAAACCUGGCCAAGCUUAUAAACAGUGCUAAUGUGCCAAACGUGACCCUUCAGAGAAAUGGGAUUCCAGGACAAAUGUCAAACCGUUACCAAUCUGGGCUCCAGCAGCAGACUCGGCCGUGGUGGGCAGAAUAAAUAUGUCUUUUGACGGAUCUUGGUCAGUGUCUAGCAGUGUCCAGGCAAACAAGUCAAGUCAGCAAAGCAGCAAUAAGAGCAGCAGCAGUCAAGCUGAGGGUCGCCCAAAACCACCCAGUGCCUUGCGAUGAAAACCUCCAACGGGACUGUGACCUUGCCCUUGUACUCACCUAAUCAUCAGGUUGAAGGUCACAUGGGCUUAGAUAGAUACUGCAGUAAGAAGAAACCAUGCAAGGUUUUAAAGUAAAGAAGAUGAGUUCACAAUAUGACAUCCGAGACUGCAGGGACAAAAUGAGUGUCCUCACUUCAGCAGUGGAGGCCAAUACACAAUACGAGAGUUUCCAGCGGCUUACCUUAUCUGAAAACCUGGGUAGCAGAGUAAUUAGUAUAUCCCAGGAGCAUUUUCAGUCAUCUUCUCCAGAUUAUGAGAUCCCCAUGCUCCACAACCCUCAGUCUAUGAACAUCAUGCAGAGCGAACCUUGGACGUCCCUUGACGAAAUCAAACCAGCAAAUCAGAAGGACAGCCUGCUGCAACCGUUAUUAUCAUAUUAACCCCAUACCGAAAAAGCUCAGAGAUAUAAAGGCUGUUUAAGAUGUGCUUGUCUCUACAUACCCCAUGUCUGGUGUGAACAUGUACAAUUGAAUGUCUCUACAUACUCCAUGUCUGGUGUGAACAUGUACAAUUGAAGGUCUCUACAUACUCCAUGUCUGGUGUGAACAUGUACAAUUGAAGGUCUCUACAUACUCCAUGUCUGGUGU